AUGGAAACCCUCGCGGGCCUUGUUUGCAGAGACCCGGGGGCUGCUUCUGAGCACGGGGGAGGUGCGUGUCCGGCUCCCUUCAACGUCUUAGCCGGAGGGCGAGGUUGUCGGGCCAGCGCCGCUGGUGCGGAUGCCCUUCGGGGACCCUCUGUCCCUGAGGGGCCGUCGCCGGCAGUCGGGCGCCCCCAGCGGGGUGACUUGGCUCCUGGGUCAGCGGGGCUGACGCCUGGCCAGAAAGUCGCCCUGAGUUGGAGGGGGCCGUGGGGGGUGGGCGCUGGGCUUCAGAAUCUGGGGAACACCUGCUACGUGAACGCGGCGCUGCAGUGUCUGAGCCACACGCCGCCCCUGGCCAGCUGGCUGGUGUCCCGGCAGCACGCCACCCUCUGUCCGGCCGGCAGCUCCUGCACGCUCUGUGCCAUGCGAGCUCACGUGACCCGAGCCCUCCUUCACGCGGGACAGGUGAUCCGGCCCCGCAAGGACCUGCUGGCGGGCUUCCACAGACACCAGCAGGAAGAUGCCCACGAGUUUCUGAUGUUCACUCUGAAUGGCAUGCAGCAAGGGUGCCUGAGUGCAUCCCAGCCGUCGGGCCACGCCUCCGAGGACACCAGCGUCAUCCGUCAGAUCUUCGGCGGGACGUGGAGGUCUCGCAUCCAGUGUCUCCACUGCCUCGGUGUCUCGGACACGUUCGACCCUCAUCUGGACGUCAGCCUGGAUAUCACGGCGGCUCAGAGUGUGGAGCAAGCUCUGAGAGAGCUGGUCAAGCCCGAGAAGCUGGAGGCGGAAAAUGCCUAUGACUGUGGCGUUUGUCUCCGGAAGGUGCCUGCCACCAAGAGGUUGACUUUGCACAGCACGUCCCAGGUCCUGGUGCUGGUGCUGAAGCGGUUCACACAGCUGAGCGGGGCCAAAAGGGCUCAGGAGGUGCGCUAUCCCCAGCGCCUGGACGUGCAGCCCUACACGUCUGAGGGGAAGGCAGGGCCACUGGGCUACGUGCUCUAUGCCGUGCUGGUGCACUCCGGGUGGAGCUGUGAGCGAGGACACUACUUUUGUUACGUCCGAGCCGGCAACGGCCAAUGGUAUAAGAUGGACGAUGCCAAGGUGACCGCCUGUGACGAGACUGCUGCCCUGAGCCAGAGCGCCUACGUCCUGUUCUACGCCCGGGAGGGUGCGUGGGAAGGGGGCGCUGGGGGAGGGGCAGCGGCCCCCCUCGGGGCUGACCCCGCAGACCCCGGGCAGCCUGCAGGAGACGCCAGCGGCAGAGCUCCUGGGUCGCAGGAGUCCCCGGGGGACACAGAGGCCGAAGGGAUGAGCUUAGAGCAGUGGAGACGCCUGCAAGAACACAACCGACCGAAGCCGGCCUUGGAGCUGCGCAAGAUCCAGGCUGCCCUGCCUGCCGGCGCAGUCGUGAUUCACCGGUCCAGACCCGGAGGAGGGAGAAACCGCCCGCCGCCCGCACAGGAGCACCACCGGCUCGACCGGCCCAGCACGGACACCCCGCCUCCGCCUCCGGGGCCGACGUCGGCCACGGCCCUUGUGCCAGCGGGAGGGCCAGAGCGACCAAGGGGAGGAACAAGAAGCCGCGGCCAUCUCUGGGGCUGUGGCGGUAGGCCGGCUCUGAUGCACAUGCGUGCAGACGCCCAGGCACACUCUGCGUGGGGCACGCCCUGGGCGACGCAGCAAGAGUGCCGACGAGGAGCGAGUUCCUCUCUGGCGGUGAGGACGAUGCGGCCUCCGGGGAAAAGGCGGUACCUGGAGUGUGCCCGGGGUCUCGGUGUUCCCUGGGAACGGGUUUGUGCCCGAGCGGCUCAGCUCUCGAGGGCUGGCUCUGCUGGGAAGUCGGCGGAGCGAAUGGGGUGCGUGAGCGGGUCUGAGCACGGUGCCAGGGCCUGCCACUUCUGCGAGGGUGGCAGAGUCCUCUCUGGAUGGGACUUUGGGUGUGGCUUUGCCUUUCUUCCCCCGUCUCCAGUCCCUGGCCGCACCGCUGGCCUCUGUUGCUCCAGCAAAGCUCAGCCAGCAACCCCGACCUGGUGCCUCCUGGUGGCCCUCACUAGCUUUGCAGGACUAACCGGAACCUUCAUUCAAGUCUUCAAGGCGGAGGCUCUCCAGAGUUCCAGAGUUUCCCUGGAGCAGGGUGCCUGCUUCUCCGCCCUGAAUCCCCCUCAGCAGCUGCUGAAGGUCGGCAGCCUCAGCAGCACAGGGUUCCGUCUCCGCUGA